AUGAGGUGGCGGUGGUUGUUGGCGGUGCUACUGGUGGCCUCCGUCGCCGGCAAGGGCAAGAAACACAAACACCAGAAGCCUGACAAAAGCCAUCAACGCAGGGCUCAUUACGGAGGGUUCAAAGGGGCGGCUGAACAAGUGGCCAACGCGUGCCCGCCGAUCCGUAACAAUGGCCAUUCCACGAAGCGCCUACCUGUUAUCGAACCCCCGACAAGACCUUCGGAAACACCAACCCCUAUUGAAGCG